AUGGCUCUUACACUUCAAGGAUUUAUCAAGCCAGCAUCAGGAGAAGACUACUGUGUUGACCUUCGCCUCAACUUCGGUCUUCUUGCUGCAGGCUUCAGCCAUUCAAACACAAUUCACAUUUUCAAUGCAUCUGGUCUCAACACUCUCCAAGUCCUUCACGCAAACACCACACAAACUCUAUCUGAAAUUUCUUUAAUUGACGAAAAUACAAUUACUUGGUGCGAUCGGGCUGGUGCAAUAGGCAUAAUUGACAUCAGAAACUCAACUGAAGUCCAUAAAAUCCAAACCCGUGACGAAUGGUUUUGCAUUGAUUCAUCUGGAUACAAUCUCGCCAGUGGUAGCAACCUUUAACGUUAGAAAUCACUCCCUGUGGGAUCCGAAGAUCCUUAUUCCCUUCCUAAUACUCCACUCUCCUCCUUGCGAACAAUAGUAACGACCUUCAAAGUGUUCGCUCCUAUGGGUAUGUGCCUGCACACGCUCCCCGGUAGUAGGAAAAUUUGCCUUAUGUCAACAUGGUUUCUGGAAAAUUCGAAAAAUCGAAUUUUCUGGUCACCUGUCGGCCAAGAUGAAUAUUCGCAGCCCAGGAUACAACCCCUAGUAUCGCACUGGGUGAUAUAGAAGUUUCCUAUGUUUGGCGCUGUAAGGCCGAUAAAUUCUGAUCGGAAUUUAUCGGUAGGUUGCACCAAAUCAAUGCCUUGGUCGGACCAAAAAGCGAUUUGGUCCGACGAACUUGGAAAGCUCCUGGGAAAAUGUCUGCGCUUUUAGCGCUAUAUAGAGGAAACCUCUAUACUCCCAAUUGACCAGGAGGAAUCUUACUGGCUUCCCAGCUGCAGGUGUUAAGAGAGUGGAUUGGCUUUCCACGCCUUUUAAUUUGUAUAUAAGCGGCAGCAAUCAAGGAAUGAAAGUCUGGGAUAUAAGGAAUUUCCAAUUAAAAAAGCAUUACCAAGAUAUUCAUGCUGACAAAAGUGAUGUGUCCUCUAUAAAGCUUUCGCCUUACUAUACUAUUAUAAUUAAUUAUAAAAAAAAUUAAAAAAUAAAAUUUAUUUAUUAUAAUUUAUAUAUAAAAGAAUAUUCUAAUAUUAUGGUCACUUGUAGUGAUGAUAGCUUAAUGUCUAUCAUUAAUAUAGAAGCUGAAGAAGAUGAUGAUUAUACAUUGCUUAAUUUAGAAGAGCCAGGACUAAAGGUAGGGUUUGUGGAUAAUAAUGUAUAUUGUGUGACCAUGAGCAGAUAUGUGGAAUACAAUCCACAUGCAGAUAAUAAUGAGAUUCCACCUGAAGUUGUCCAAAAACUCCCUAUAUCUGAUUUUCAAAUGGACAACCCUAACCCCAGCUAGAAAUAAAAUAGUGGCGCUGAUGGAAAUUAGAAUCCAAGGCGCACUCCCUAUGGAGCGAGUAGGACCCAUCCUCAUAAUCUGAAAGCAGAACCUCUGUCCCUUUUGAAGUAUGCCUUCAGGCUUGGGGAUGUUCCUCAUCUGAAGGUUUUCCUGUUGCUGCCAGAUAGGCUAAACAGGUUUUACCUGCCGCAUGGUCCUCCUUGUCGGGACUCGCAGGGCACUCUUCAGAUGGUUUGCUCUGGCCAAAGAGUUGAUCCCCUGGUCAGUUGUUUCAGGGCGGAAAUUCAAGAUGGCGGCUUCUCAUUUUCUCAUUUGAACUCAGAGGCCUAUGGAAGCUAUAGAAAUUGCCCGAGGAUGGCGCUAUUUUGCGCCAUCCUCGGGCAAUUCAAAAAACCGGCCCCACACGGGAACUGAACCCACGUGUGGGGCCAUUUUUGGUAUGUGUAAUACAUAGACUUACACGUACCAAAAAUGGCCCCACACGUGGAUUAGAUUCCCGUGUGGGGUCAUUUUUUGAAUUGCCCGAGGAUGGCGCAAGAUAGCGCCAUCCUCGGGCAAUUGCUAUACUCUUUUGGAGCCGAUACAAGGCAAAGACUAGUGGGUUUGCCAACUUAUGGCCAGUUUAUUCGUUUAAUUUAAUUUAUAACCCCAACUUUUUUAUAGGCCCUGCAGGAUUUGGCCCUGACAAAUCAAUUUUGAUUGGAAGUCAUGAGUAAGAUACAAGUAGGAGGAGGAUUAUGGGCUUCUAGCAUAAGGAACCCAAAAAUAUGCUACCCAGGAGUUGGCCACACACAAGCAGUUAGAGCAGCUGCCACACUAUAUGACGGCACAAUAGUGACAGGCUCAGAGGAUUCAUCAAUUAUUUCAUGGAGAAUUGACCGAAAUGCAACUGUUGCUGAAGCAGAAGUGGAGUCUAAAAGCUCUUCAUCAACAAAUGAUAAACGUCCAUCAAGAGAAGAAAGAUACUAUAGACCUUAUUAA